AUGCGGUACGCACUCCAGAUCCGAACUGGUGCCGUCCUCGCACUCUGUGCGUUGGCGCUGCUGGUGGUAGCAGACGUGAAGGGCGCGGGUGGUGGCUCCAAGCCGCCGACCUACGCCGGCGACGACGACUCGAUGUUCAUCACCGCCGACGGGACUCAGAUGACCGACCACUCGCACGCUAUCGGCCUUGACGAGUUUGGCAACAUGGUCGAGCUCGACCCGGUUGCCGCCAACACUGGCUUCAAUAUCCUGGACACUCCCCACGACGCGUCGCCGGCCGCCGCCGCACCUGCCAACGACUCGCCCAAGCCACCGCCGGGCCCGCCGCCGGGCCCGCCGCCGACUGGCCUUGACUCGUCGUCCUCGGGCGACAUGGAGUCGUCCGGUGAUGCUAUCCCUGCCGCUGCCCCGCCGCCGGCUCCGCCUCCGCCGCCACCGGCAGGUGGCAGCGGUGGCCCGCCGCCGCCACCGCCGCCGCCGCCGGCCGCCUCCUCCUCGUCGACCGACUCGUCAACUGACUCGUCGUCGUCUUCGGAUGCGCCCAAGGCCCCGCCUGGCCCGCCGCCGCCGCCGCCGCCUGGCUCGGCGCCCAAGCCGCCGUCCGGCCCGCCGCCGCCGCCGCCGCCCCCGCCCUAAUCACCGUCGCCACCCGUGCCGCGUUCCCUCUGCACCUAUCCACCCCUUCCCCUUCCACCUCUUCCCUGACUCUCUCCUCCCCCCCUCUGCGCCUCCACGAGU